UCACAUUUAUUUGCGUUAAAGCUAUUUUUUUAUAUAUAUAUAUUUUUUUAGGUAUUGACAUUGCGUUUAUGCGCUAAAUCAUUUUUUUGCUAAAAAGCCUUGGAUGGAAACAUGGCUUCUAAACAUAGCUGGAAACAUCUGUCUGUCCGUCUGUCUGACCCACCUCUGGUCUUCUCCACAGCUUAAUGCAGAUUCAGAUAAUCCUAAUGUAAAGGAUGGUGCUGGUCUGGCCAGCUCUGAAUUAAACAAUAAGAUCAAACCGGAAAAACAACGAAUGGCAUUCUUUGACUGUCUCCGGAGGGGCAAGGUGGAGUCAGUGCCGACUCCCCUGCUUAAAGCGGAUCCAGCUAUUCCUGAUGUUAGGGAAGUUGUUGAUCCUGCAUCACAGUCAAAGACCUACGUUGGUCCGAAGAAACAGAAACAAAAGGCUUCAAAGAGCCGCAAAUCUAACCUCCAGGGAGAAAAAGUGACUGUUGUGCCAACUCAACAGCCCAAGGCUAUUUCAGAUAUUCCUGUUGGCAUGGAUGUUCCUGCUCUGGCCGGCCCCCAAUCAAAACCAAAGAUUCGUCCGGAUAAACGCAUGACAUUGACGCAACGCUUCUUUGGAUGCUUCCGGAGGGGCAAAGUGGAGUCGAUGCCGACUUCACAGAUUGAGGCCGAUCCAGCUAUCCCUGAUGCCAGGGAAGUUGUUGAUCUGGCAGAUUCUCAAUCGAAGAGUGUUGGCUUAAAGAAACAAAAACAAAAGGCUUCAAAGAGCCGCUCAUUUCACAACCCUUUUAGAAAAAAAGGGAAGAGUAAAGUGAAAAAAGAUGCCGAUCCAGCUAUUCCUGGUGCCAUGGAUGGUGCGGAUCUGGCCAGUUUUGGUGGCAUCGCUGCAGCCAAUGCCAGGCUACAGACGUUAGGUGCCAUCCCAGAGAAUAUUGGGUCAAAAGAUGUUGGAAAUCUUGAGGCAAAAGGUGGAAAAAAUCCCAGGCCAAAAGCUUUUGGAAAUCUCAGACUUCCUUGGUUUUUUAAUGCAAAAAUAACUAAAAAUCCUGUACCAAAAGAAGAAGGAAAUCCUGAAGCAAAAGCCCUUGAAAAUCCCAAAAAUCCCUUGUCAGAAGAUGAUAAAGUUGUCAGGCCAAAAGUUAUAAAUGUUGUUCAACAAGCUUCUGAACCGCCAAGCAAGAAGAAACCAGCUGAUCCGUCAGUGCCUAAAGACACUUUUGAUUCUAAAUAUCAACUCUUGGAGGAUGAAGUGCUUGGGUGCGGUGGCUGUGCCAUAGUGUACAAAGGGAUCCGUAAAUCGGAUGGCACUCCGGUUGCCAUCAAGCGAAUAAUCAAACGAAAGAAUGAAAGGACUCUUCAGAUUCCUGGAUACCCCAAACCACUUAUUACAGAAGUGGCGCUGAUGCUUAAGUUAGGAGAAGCGCCCUCAUGCCCCAAUGUCAUACAGAUGUAUGACUGGUACGAGACUAAACACUUUUACACGCUCGUGUUGGAGUACCCACUGCACAGCGAAUCCUUGUUGCUAUUUGUUCUUCUUGAAGAAAAACUAAGUGAAAAUACAGCAAGACAUCUCAUGCGUCAGGCGUUACUGGCAGUGCAACACUGUCUGGAUAAUGGAGUUUUUCACACCGACAUCCAUCCCGGAAACUUCUUGGUGCAGCAAUCAACAAUGAGCCUGAAGUUAAUUGACUUUGGGCUUGGACAUUAUCUGACGCAUGAGGCCUAUGAUUCCUGUGACUUUAUGGGAGCUCCAUGUUGCACCCCGCUUGAGAUCGAAACGGCUAAGAAAUUCCACGCCGUGCCAGCAAACGUCUGGGCCUUAGGUACUAUGCUGUACUUCAUGGUGCUUGGAUCUUUCCCCUGUCCUUUAAACGAGUUUAAUUCCGGGAAUCUGGAGACAAAUGAGAUGGAUUUAUCAAAGGAAAUCUGUGAUCUGUUAAGUUGGUGCCUGGCCCUGAAUCCAAGUGAUCGUCCGACGCUCAAGCAGAUCUUAGAUCAUGACUGGUUUAAAACUGAGUCUGAUGAAGAAGAGCUACUCGGAUACAAAAUGAGGGCAAUAUCCACAGAAAAUAAAAAGGAUGAAGCUGAAUGACUGAAGAAGAGGGGAAUGAUUGGAGAUGCUGUUUUCAUCAUCCUGAGACAUAUGGAGUUUGCUAAUCAUGUUUACGGAUAAAUAAGUUUCUAUAACCAGAAAGCGAGAAUAGCACAGACAUUAAAAGGGCCUCAAUUUCUCAGGAGGAACUCAUUUUUGCACACUUUCUGCAUAAUGUUGUAUUUCAGACUUCAUGAUCACAGACCGCUGGCUGAACAUCUGAUGCAGAUCCUGUCUCAUCCUUGAACACAUAAAAAAAAAAUGUUUUAAUUCUUAAUGUUUUUAUAUUUUAAAGUUGUAUAAUAAAGUAUCUAAUAUAUAGUA